CGCCCCCCCACCCCCCACCUCGAGGGUGACUGCGGCUGACGUCAGGCGGCUUUGGGUUCAUUCCCUGGCACGAGGACUUUAUUUUCAUAACAGCACGCCGCGCCGCGGGACUGGAAUGGGCGUGUCCUCUCCCCCCGGCCCCCUCCCUGCCCCGGGCCCUCCGCUCCCGCCCACGGGCCACACCGCCUUUAUAACCGCCGGGCGCCGCGAGGCCGGGAUCGCCGCCCGCGGCUCCCGCAGCUCCCAGGGGCUCCUCCCGGCUGCUCGCAGGCGCGGGAAGCCGCGCAGGUUCGCGCCUCAGCAGGCACCAGGGACGAGAAUGGCCGCCGCAGCCCCCAGUGGCUGCCGCUCGGGUCUGGAGGCCAGGUACUAUAGACUCUGUGAUACCAGCCAAGUUUGGGGCAUCGUCCUAGAAGCAGUGGCUGCAGCGGGGGCCGUGACCUCGGUGGCCUUCAUGCUGGCGCUCCUGAUCCUCAUCUGCAAGGUGCAGGACUCCAACCGGCGGAAAGCGCUCCCGACCCAGUUCCUCUUCCUCCUGGGCGUGCUGGGCAUCUUCGGCCUCACCUUCGCGUUCAUCAUCACGCUGGACGGCAGCACCGGAACCACGCGCUUCUUCCUCUUCGGCGUCCUCUUCGCCCUGUGCUUCUCCUGCCUCCUGGCUCACGCCUUCAACUUGACGAAGCUGGUCCGUGGGAGGAAGCCCCUGUCCUUGCUGGUGAUGCUGGGCCUGGCCGUGGGCUUCAGCCUGGUGCAGGACGUCAUCGCAAUUGAGUACGUCGUCCUCACCGUGAACAGGAGCAACGUCGCAAUCUUCUCCGAGCUUCCUGCCUCUAGGCGCAAUGAAGACUUCGUCAUGCUUCUCAUCUAUGUACUCUUCUUGAUGGCGCUGACCUUCCUCACGUCCAGCUUCACCUUCUGUGGGUCCUUCUCUGGCUGGAAGAGACACGGGGCCCACAUCUACCUCACCACGCUUCUCUCCAUGGCCAUCUGGGUGGCGUGGAUCACCCUGCUCUUGGUUCCUACCCCGGGCCCCAAGUGGGAUGACACCAUCCUCAGCUCAGCCUUGGUUAUCAAUGGCUGGAUUUUCCUGUUGGUUUAUGUUGUACCUGAAUUUCAGCUACUCACAAAGCAACAGAACCCUAUGGAUUAUCCUGUUGAGGAUGCUUUUUGUAAACCUCAACUCAUGAAGCAGAGCUAUGGUGUGGAAAACAGAGCCUACUCUCGAGAGGAAAUCACACAAGGUCUCGAAGAGCUGGGUGACACGCUCUAUGCCCCCUAUUCCACCCAUUUUCAGCUGCAGAAUCGGGCCACCCAGAAGGAUUUCUCCAUCCCGCGGGCCCACACUCGGGCCAGCCCCUACGGUGACUAUGAAGGACGGAAAGAGGGCAGCUAGCUCUUCUGAAGAGUGGGACACGCAAGUCAGCGGGACCGGCAGGGAAUUUAAAGGGACGUGGGCUAAACCCUGAGUCCAGAAACUACAAAACUGUCCAAACCAAUCUGGGAAGAGCUUCCCUUUCUGCUGACCUCAACCACUAUUCUGUUCUGGAGAUGGUGGGGGCUGACCAGCCUCCAGGGCUUAGCAGCUCUGCAGUAUUUUUCCUUUGUCCCAUAUUUAGGGUAUUUCUUUUAAGCGGGAGUUUCAGGCACCUAACUCAGGGUUCGCCUCUGACUAUUCCCCGUCAUUCAACAUGUGACUAAAGCUCUGGUCAGCUGACCACAUUCCGGCUCAUCCCGCUUCAGGAACCCGCUCCUCUGACUCAAGGCUGGUUUUGUGAGGAUGGCUCUGCCCAGCGCAGAACUGCAAAUCUGAGCAAAGACAGCGAAGGCCUGUCCCUGCCUGAAUCUACACUGGAAGCCAACUUCCUGGCACCCUCCCGUCUUGCCAGGGUAGGAGAGGCUAAAGGUUGCCCUAAAUUUACCCAUCUCUGUGGCACCGAUUCAUAGGUCACCCAUCUCUGGAACCAUUCCCGACCCCACCGCACACUGAAUCUCCCCAAUACACUUUCCCAGACGUUCUUCUGGACCUCAAGGGUGGUCAAGCCCAAUUUCUCUCUGCCUGGAGAAUCUGGGCAGUUCUUACCAUAAAUUCCUGGCACUGAGUUUUCUCCACUCCCUUGCUCCUCAGCCUCUGUAAAUAGCUUCACGCUGGGUUCGCCCCUUGCAUUCUAUGGGCCUGUCUAUGAACAGGGGCUGUUCCUUGUAUUCCUAAGUUAUUCACCGUUCCUCACCUAGAGAUGCAAUAAAGAUGUGGUCACGGCAAAUCUU